AGAUGAUUUGAGGAGAUUCGUUCGCGCUAUAAAAAAAAAAAAAAAAAAAGUUGCCGUGGAUUGCGGAAGUAUGUUUAUAGAAAGACAAGCAGCGGCAUUGCAUUUUACCACCAGAGCCGUUAUGUUUAUGCGAGUCACAGGGGGCGCUAGCAGGGCUGCAGUAUGUUGAAGUGUGCCAGGUGUCCAGGUGCACCAGCUGUGAUGAGAUGGCGGCGGACAAACCGUGCCCUUCUCUACAAAACCCCCAUCCUGGUCACCUGGAGGCAGAAUUUGAAAUUCAGCCAUUUGCCGAGUAAAGUAAACAACUCGAUUCCCAGGAAGGUCAAAUAUUCCUUGGACCGGCAGUCCUUUCUCAGUGGAGCACUAUGGAGCCUGCAGAGAUGUACCCCUAUCUUCACACCUGGCCAGAGCUCAGUCCGAUGUCACAACACCACUGCAGAUGGGACAGAUCCCAUCCAGGUCCACAAAGAGAAGCUGAGCCUGUGGUUCAGCCACCUGCCCCGGGAGGAGAAGCAUUUUGGGGCUGUCUUCCCUGAGACCAUGUACGUGGAUCCUCUGAUGGUGGAGCGGAAGCCAGAUGAGAGCCGUGGUAUCCUCCUGGGGUCGUCACUGGUGCCUUCUGCCCACCUCACCCCCCUGGACGUGGGCCAGCUCUUUGACGAAGCCUGCUGUAGCGGUAAAUGCGGGGUCGGCAGAGGGACCAACGUGCUGCUGUACGGGGCCGUGGGAACGGGCAAGAGUACCGUGGUUCGCAAGCUGGUGCUGGACUGGUGUGCUGGGGCCACGCUGACCCAGUUCAGCCUGGUCAUCCCUUUCUCCUGCGAAGACCUGUCCCAGUUCAACCGACCCAUCUCCCUGAGGGACCUGGUGGGCCGGAAGUACCUGCACCUGCGACGGACGCCCCUGCUCAGCGGACAGGGUGACCAAGCCCGAAACGUCCUCUUCGUCUUCAACGGCAUGGAGAAGAUGGGGCUGAACUUCCGCAUCGCCACCACUGAGCUCUGCAGCGACCCCGAUGAGCCCUUGCCGCCUGGCACAAUCUUGGUGAACCUGCUGAGGAAGUACCUCCUUCCUGAGGCCAGUAUUUUGGUGAGCACCAGGCUGUCUGCCGUGGACCUCGUCCCUGAGAAGUACGUGACGCGAUAUGUGCAGAUCUGCGGCUUCAGCGAGUCGGAGCGCCAGCGCGCCUACUUCACCAGCAGGCUGCUCCAGCAGACGGUCGAGAGGCCCAGCACGGAGGUGGACGGCCUGAUCGAGCUGCUCUUCCUCAACCUGCAGCAGGAGGGCCAGCUGGCCACCGCCUGCCUCCUGCCCUCGUACUGCUGGCUGACCUGCGCCACGCUGCACCUGCUGCACUUCACCUCCAGCACCUCGCCCGUGCGCACGCUCAGCGGCACCUACACCAGCUUCUUCAGGCUCAACUUCGGCGGGGAGGUGCUGGAGGCCGCCGAGGCCCCGGGCGGCCAGGCGCAGCAGGAGUCGCUCAUGCGCCACGUGGUGCGCACCGUGGGGAAGCUGGCCUUCGACGGGGUCACCAAGAAGCGCACCUCCUUCUCGGAGGACGAGCUGGAGCAGUGGGUGGGCGGGAAGACCAAGACGGACGAGGAGCUGCGGCAGCUGGCUGUGUUCCGCACCGACGUGCUGGACUUCUUCCUGGUGCCCAGCGAGAGCCACGGUGCGGCCGAGGAGGGGGUCCCCGGCGGGAAGCGCUACGUGUUCACGGUCCCCGCCAUGCAGGAGUACCUGGCCGCCCUGUAUGUGGUGCUGGGCGAGAACAAGUCCGCCCUGGAGAAGGUGAGCGAGCAGCUGUCCUCCGCCAUCGGGCAGGCCGGGGAGGACGUGACCACGCUGAUGGCCAUCUUCGCCAAGCUCAUCCCCUUACGGAUCUUCGCCGUGUUCAACCUCAUCAAGCUCUUCCCCAGGCUCUUCGAGAGGAUCUCCACCCACAGCAAGGGCCGCAUCGCCAGCACCAUGGCGGCCGAGAUGUUCCGCUCCGAGGACAGCUUCAACGAGGACGUGCUGGACCAGGUGGAGCAGAGCCUGCUGGGGGUGCAGGGGCCGCAGCCCCUGCAGAUGGAGGACAGCAAGGCCUUCGAGCUGUACCCCAUCUUCAUGGGCGGGCUGCUGCACUACGACAACCGCGUGCUGCUGGAGCAGCUGGGCUGCGGCAUCAAGAGCUCGGCGGUAGCCCAGAUCACCCGCACCCUGAGGAAGCACCUGGUGAGGGAGAUCAAGCGCCAGCAGCCCCCCGAGGAGCUGAUGGACAUCCUGGUGCUCCUGUACGAGUUCCAGAACCCGCGGCUGUCGGCGGAGGUGCUGGGCUCCCUCAAGAGCCUGUGCCUCUCCACCGUGCGCAUGACGCCCCUCAAGUGCUUCAUCCUGAGCUCCGUGCUCAGCUGCACCCCCUCCAGGCACCUGCUGGAUGAGCUGGACCUGUCCUCCUGCCACCUCACCCAGGGCCUGCUGGAGAUGCUGCAGCCUGCCUUCCUCCACACGCGCAGUCUGAAUCUGCAGUUUAACAAGUUGGGUCCUGAGUCCUGUAUAAUCCUCAGAGACCUGCUACUUCACCCCAGCUGUGCACUUAAAUCCUUACAGCUGUGUGAUAACUCCCUGCUGGAGUCAGGGGUGGCGCACUUGUUGGAGGCGCUCCCGGUGAACCACUCUCUGCAGCGGCUGUCCCUGAUGCACACGGGCCUGGAGGACGCGGGCGCGGUCCAGCUGGCACAGAACCUGGCGCGGAACCAGGGGCUGGAGGACCUCAACGUGGCCUACAACAACAUCGGGGACAACGCUGCUCUCACACUGGUGGACGCCUGCAGAGACCAUCCCUCCCUCCACACUGUGCAUCUGUACCUGAACCGUCUGAGCGAGGCUGGCAAGCAUUCGCUGCACGUGCGCGGGGUCCCCCAGCAGUCUGCUGUGGGCCGGCGGGUGAAGGUUCUGGCCUCGGUGACCGAGGGCUCGGACGUCUCGGAAGACUGGCACCCCAUCCUCACUGUGAUCCAGCAGAACUCCACCUCCUGGGAGGUGAGCCGCGUGCGCGACCAGCUGCAGGCCUUCCUGCGGGACCUGGAGUCGGGCCGCCGGCUGCAGCACAGCUGGUGGAAGAGGCUGCACUUCCACCGGGUGGAGAAGGGUGUGAGGGAGACCCUGCGCAUGCUGGAGAAGGGUGCCCAGUAGAGAUUAACCAGUGUCUGCGCUGGACUGGACUGCCUCGGUCUUUAGUGAAUUGAAUACAUUGGGGCUAGACAAGACUAUAUUAUAUUUCAGAAUAUAAUAACUCAUAAAUGAAAUUUCUACAGUACAUUUUGCAACUGUGGGAAUCUUUUCUUUUCUUUUUUAUCCUCGACAUGCGUGCACACUGCUCACUCAGUUUGAAUCAGGGCCAAACAUAAAAUGAGUAAAGGUGACUCCAAUCAUUAUUCAAUUCCAUAAUCACUUCAGCUUUGCUUUCGCUUUAUACUAAGCUUGUUUUCUAUUGCAAAUAUUCAUGACUGAACCUGCCUUAUUUUCUUACCUCUUGAAUAAGCAAUUGGGUACACUCAUAUCAGAAUUUUAUCACACCGGGCAAUCAAAAUCUUCCAUCUUCCAUCUUCAUGUAACUGCUAUUUAACUCAGGAGCUUUUAUGAAUGUUGAGGAGACAUUUUGUGUUGAUGUGUAAAAUAAUCUAAGUACGAUUGUGGCGAUGUUUGUUCAAGUCUAUCAAGUGAAGCUGUUCAUGUUGUUUUUUUUAAUGUGAUGGCAAUAGAGAACUGCUACUCUGUUUACGGUUUGACAAUUGUAUUAUAACAUUCAUGAGUGUUAAAGGUACAAUAGGUAAGAUUUUUGUGUUAAAGCAUUGUAAAUCCCUUCCUAUCUUUGAAAAAGGCUCUCUGACGUGUUGACUCACCCUCCUCUGCCAGUGUUUAUAGUCCUUAAAUUCAGGUUUCAAAAUAUACAGUUGACGGCCCGAUACUCUGUACCAAAACAUUGCAUAACUGUACAAUAAUUCAAGCUCAUCGGUUGAAAAUUGGUUCUAACACAAUGUCAGUGUGUUUACAGAUAACAGGGAGGGAUAAACAGAUAAACAGUGUUGUGGUUUGAAGGGGUUUGUUGCCCCCUUGACCGUUGGAAGUCCGAAAUUACCUAUUGUACCUUUAAUUAGCAAACAUGUUGUCGCAAAAUUUGCUGCUGUGUUGUAUGUAUUGUUGCAUUGCUAUGCACUUGGAUAUUUCAGCAUGUACUCGUAAUAGCAGAGUAUAGAAACUGGUGGCUACUGAAAAAACCAGAAAUUGUCUGAAUGAAGUGCAGAGGAAUACACCACACAGCUAGACUGUUACACAGAGGAGGAAAUGCAUCUUGAGAGCUAAGAGGGCAGUUAUGAAAGAAUUGCAGCUGCCAUGAUGAGGGAAAUAUAUUUAAUUUUGUACAAUAAGUGAAAUAAUUUUUCAAAAUGUUCAGGGUUACAAAGCUAUGGCCUGAAAUAAGUUUUAAAGCCUGUUUUUUGCCUAGAAUAGUAUUGCACUGAUGUUCAAGUAAACAGAAAGGAGCAAAAACAAACAAAAAAAACAUUCAGACAAUUCCUGAGAUUUUGCAACCCUAUAGAUGGCUGAGCAAAUAAGAAAGGCUGCAUGUCGAUCUCGAUAUACUUGAUAUGAUAUUGAAUUACAAGCAGGGGAUUGAUGCAAUAAAAUUUUACAUGAAGA